AUGGGAGGCGGUCAGUGUUCGGGGCUAAGGUUGAGGGGACUGGGAGCGGCAGGGGAAGAUGUGGACGUGUAUCUGUGGUACUGGAUGUCGAAUGGGCUUUUGGUACACAAAGCAAGCCCGUGGACUUACAAGUGCAGCGAUUCUAUAUGUGGGAAACGGUGUAAAGGCAAAGAGUACGCAUGUCAAUGUACAUGUUGUAAAGACAAACAGCGACGUGGAUUAGCUCACCCUCCUCCUCCCCCUCCCCCGCCUCCCGGUCCUUCCUCCGGCGUUGAGUCUGUGAUCAUCGGCCAACCGCAGACGUCCGCUCUCUCCACUGAACCAAAUCCCGUUGACAUCUCUGAUGCAGGAGACUCCACACCUUUUUCCCCUUCCCCCCAAGUCAUCGCCGCCGUCAUCGUUGCCAUCAUCGUCGCCAUCAUUCUGCUGGACCUUUGCAUCUUCCGCUUUCCCGUGGGCCGCAACAUCCGCGAUUUCCUCGUCCGCAAGAUACCCUUCUGCAUCGCGUUCUACAGCUGA